UUUUAUUUUUUUUAUUGUUAUCAUUAUUUGCUUUUCUGAAAAUCUCGAGGAUGCCUCGUCCGGGGAGAAACACGUACAGCGACCAGAAGCCUCCUUACUCCUACAUCUCGCUCACUGCCAUGGCGAUCCAGAGCUGCCCGGAGAAGAUGCUGCCUCUCAGUGAAAUUUACAAGUUCAUCAUGGAUAGAUUCCCUUAUUACAGAGAAAACACGCAGCGGUGGCAGAACUCUCUGCGGCACAACCUGUCCUUCAACGACUGUUUUAUUAAGAUCCCCCGGCGCCCAGACCAGCCAGGUAAGGGCAGCUUCUGGGCUCUGCACCCCAACUGCGGGGACAUGUUUGAGAAUGGAAGUUUUCUGAGGCGCCGCAAAAGGUUCAAAGUGCUGGGCGCGUCUGAUCACUUGGCCCCCAGUAAGCAGUCGGAUGCCGCCCAUUACCUCCAGCAGCAAGCCAAGCUGAGGCUGAGCGCCCUGGCGGCCACCGGCACGCACCUUCCCCAGAUGUCGACCUACAACCUCGGAGUGUCCCAGACGUCAACUUUUAAGCACCCGUUCGCCAUCGAGAACAUCAUCGCCAGAGAGUACAAAGUCCCGGGAAGCCUGGCGUUCUCCACCAUGCAGUCCAUGUCCGCCGGCUACCCCCUCCACAACCAGCUGACCACCGCCUGGCCCCACAUGUACAACACCAGCGUGAUUGACACGGCGGCCCCCAUCUCCAUGGCGAGCAGCGACUACAGUGCCUACGGCGUGCCCAUCAAGUCCCUGUGUCACGGGGGGCAGUCGUUACCGGCCAUCCCCGUGCCAAUCAAACCCACCCCGACCUCCAUGCCCGGUUUCUCGGCGCUCCCUCCCCACAUCCCCGCGUUUCUAUCAAACUCUCCGCAGUCUCUGAGCCCGACGUCCCCACAGACAGCGACGAGCCAAAGCAGCCCGGCCACCCCGAGCGAGACUCUGACGAGCCCGUCCACGCUGCAGUCUGUGGCCGUGCACUGA